AAGCAUGUCUCUCAUGUCCAACGCUUUAGCUCACCGCUGCAUAGCCGCAGCCGCGGAGAAAUUCGGAGCCAAACGUUUAAUGGCGUUUAGCUUGGGAGAUACUCGCGUGAUCGUCACGUGCAACCCUGAUGUAGCUAAAGAGAUUCUAAACAGUCCGGUUUUCGCUGACCGUCCGGUUAAGGAAUCAGCGUAUUCCCUUAUGUUUAGCCGGGCUAUCGGUUUCGCUCCUUACGGCGUUUACUGGCGAACGUUGAGGAAAAUCGCGUCUAGUCAUCUUUUCAGCCCGAAACAGAUCAAACGCUCUGAAACGCAGAGACGUGUGAUCGCGAAUCAGAUCGUGAAGUGUCUCGAGAAACAGAGCAGCGGCAACGAAGGACUCUGUUUUGCUCGUGACUUGAUCAAAACGGCAUCGCUUAAUAACAUGAUGUGCUCUGUUUUCGGGAAAGAAUACGAGCUUGAGCAUGAACACGACGAAGUGAAUGAGCUUCGUGGUUUGGUCGAAGAAGGUUAUGAUUUACUCGGAACACUUAACUGGACCGAUCAUCUCCCGUGGCUGUCGGAAUUUGAUCCUCAGAGAAUCCGGUCUAGAUGUUCUAAUCUUGUACCUAAAGUAAACCGGUUCGUGAACCGGAUUAUCUCUGACCACCGUGAUCAAACUCGUGACUCGCCUAGUGACUUCGUUGACGUAUUGCUCUCUCUUGAUGGUCAGGAUAAGUUUUCCGACCCGGAUAUGGUCGCCGUUCUCUGGGAAAUGAUAUUCAGAGGAACUGACACGGUGGCUGUCUUGAUCGAAUGGAUUCUUGCUAUGAUGGUCCUUCAUCCAGAUAUUCAGUCAAUGGUUCACAACGAGCUUGAUCAGAACGUGGGAAGAUCAAGAGCCGUGGAAGAAUCUGACGUGGCGUCUCUUACAUAUCUGACUGCUGUUGUGAAAGAAGUCUUGAGGCUUCACCCGCCAGGCCCACUUCUGUCGUGGGCCCGCUUAGCAAUCACAGACACAAUCAUUGACGGCCGUCGUGUACCGGCAGGUACCACCGCAAUGGUGAACAUGUGGGCUAUAGCACAUGAUCCACAAGUGUGGGAAAAUCCUUUGGAGUUUAAACCUGCACGGUUUGUAGCAAAGGAAGGUGAGGUCGAGUUCUCGGUUCUUGGAUCGGAUCUGAGGCUAGCACCGUUCGGGUCGGGCCGUCGGGUCUGCCCUGGAAAGAAUCUAGGGUUGAGCACCGUGAUGUAUUGGAUCGCGACUCUCUUGCACGAGUUUGAGUGGCUUGCACCUACAGGUGAAAAGACUGUUGACUUGUCCGAGAAACUGAGGCUCUCGUGUGAGAUGGCUAAUCCUCUUGCUGUUAAACUGCGCGGUAGGCGCGGUUAAAGCAAUUAUACAUUGAAGGAAAAAGAAAUUAGUGUGCGAGGCAUAAAAGAAAAUAAAGAAAAAAAAGGAAGAAAAGAAAGGCUAUGAACACUUUCUUGAUACGUAACGUGUGUGCUGGUGUGAGGAGUGAUGCAUUGUGAAUAUAAUGAAAGCAUUAAUCAAUACUAUCUUGAUGUCACAGAAAACAAUAGUUGAUACUGCAACUAAUUAUAUGUGGUUUUUAAUUCCUAUCUAAAUAU